AUGCUGCUCCGGUCAAUUCGCACCGUCGAGCGUCUCCGCAACGUCACCACUUGUUCGUUUUCUCGUUAUCUCCCUUCAUCUUCAUCCUCACAACGACGUUGCAAUGUUGUUCGAAGCUAUUUACCACACAGAGUAACAACGGAGACUGCUUUCUCUUCUCAUAUUUAUUCGCGAGAUGAGAAUCAGUACACGACUGCAUCAGCACCAGUUUCUCCGUGGCGGAGGAAGGCCGGAAAAGGAAAUCCAGAUUCGCCGGCGGUUGAUGCUGUAGAGUUGGCCUUGGACUCGGUGGUGAAAAUCUUCACCGUUUCUACGAGUCCCAGUUACUUUCUUCCUUGGCAGAAUAAGUCCCAACGAGAAUCCAUGGGCUCUGGAUUUGUAAUUUCGGGAAGAAAGAUUAUAACAAACGCUCAUGUGGUGGCUGAUCACUCCUUCGUGCUUGUUAGAAAGCAUGGAUCGCCGAUAAAGCAUCGAGCAGAAGUUCAAGCGGUUGGCCAUGAGUGUGAUUUGGCUAUAUUGGUAAUUGAUAGUGAAGUGUUUUGGGAAGGUAUGAAUUCCUUGGAGCUAGGAGACAUACCGUUUCUGCAGGAAGCUGUCUCUGUAGUUGGCUAUCCACAAGGUGGUGACAACAUCUCUGUUACAAAAGGUGUUGUGUCUCGAGUCGAACCCACACAGUAUGUUCAUGGCGCUACCCAGCUAAUGGCUAUACAGAUAGAUGCAGCUAUUAACCCUGGGAAUAGUGGUGGUCCAGCAAUCAUGGGAAACAAAGUAGCUGGUGUAGCGUUUCAAAAUCUUUCAGGUGCUGAGAACAUAGGAUAUAUAAUACCAACACCGGUAAUUAAGCAUUUCAUUACUGGUGUUGAAGAAUGCGGUAAAUACAUCGGUUUCUGCUCAAUGGGUGUAUCAUGUCAGCCUAUGGAGAAUGCUCAAAUCCGAAAUAAUUUUCAGAUGAGUCCAGAUAUGACAGGAGUUCUUAUAAGCAAAAUAAACCCUUUAUCGGAUGCUCACAGAAUUAUGAAAAAGGAUGAUGUUAUUCUUGCGUUUGAUGGUGUUCCUAUAGCAAAUGAUGGAACAGUUCCUUUCCGGAACAGGGAGCGGAUCACUUUUGAUCAUUUGGUUUCUAUGAAGAAACCAGACGAAACAGCUUUGGUUAAAGUCUUGAGGGAAGGAGUAGAACAUGAGUUUAGUAUCACUCUAAAACCGUUGCAACCGCUGGUUCCAGUGCAUCAAUUUGAUCAGCUUCCAAGUUAUUACAUAUUUGCGGGUUUCGUAUUUGUACCUCUCACUCAGCCAUACCUUCAUGAAUAUGGAGAAGAUUGGUAUAACACUUCUCCUCGCGGAUUGUGCGAACGUGCAUUAAAAGAGUUGCCCAAAAAAGCCGGUCAGCAACUUGUCAUUGUCUCUCAGGUGUUAGUGGAUGAUAUCAACACAGGAUACGAGCGGCUCGCAGAGUUGCAGGUGAAGAAAGUGAACGGAGUGGAAGUGGAUAAUCUGAGACAUCUAUGUCAGCUCAUAGAGAACUGCGACACCGUGAAUCUGAGACUGGACUUAGACGAUGAGAGAGUAAUCGUCUUGAACUACCAAUCCGCAAGGAUUGCCACUUCUUUGAUCCUGAAACGACACAGAAUAGCAUCUGCGAUUUCCAGCGAUCUACUGAUCGAACAAAAUCCAGCUACUGAGUUGGCUUCUUGUUCUGCGGUUUGA